AUGUCUUGCCCCCGUGUGCAAUACCGUCGGCGCAUGCAUUACGCCACGCGUGGCAACCGCAUGCGCCUAGUGCGAACACCCGGAAACCGUCUCGUGAUGCAGAAGCGCGGUAAGCGGUCGCAGGGCCCACACACUCCGUGGGUACUUGGCCACAAACGUCUCGCUGGCACGAAGGCGUUGCGCCACACAAAGGCGCGUCUCGCCCCACGUCAUCAGAAGACGACUUCGCGCCCAUACGGUGGUGUGUUGAGCCACGAACAGGUACGCGACCGCAUCGUCCGUGCCUUCCUCAUUGAGGAGCAGCGCAUCGUGAAGCGGGCACUGAAGGCACACGCGAAGGUCCAGAAGGAAAAGAAGCGCCGCGCCGCCAAGAGGAAGAGCAAGGAAGAGAAGGUGGCUGCCGUGGCAAAGAAGGUAGCAGCGAAGGUCGGCACCAAGUCCCUCGUCGCGAAGAAGGAAGCACCCAAAAGGAAGGCUGGUAAGGCCCCUGUUGGUGCGAAGCUGAAGAAGUGA